AUGCUGUUCAGAUGGCGCGUUUUUCCCUUCGAAUGGAAGUCGUGGCGGCUCUGGCAGCAACAUCCACGGCAGUUCGCGUGGCUGCACGACCCGCCCUGUUACACCUCGGAAGAUAUCACGGGUCCGUCUGUGUUCUCCAAACCUUCGUACACGAACGAAUAAAAAUUAUCGUAGAGUUACUCAGCCCCUUGGACUCGACGCAUACUUCAUCAGAACAACAACAACAAUGAGGUACAAGCUCGCAUUGCGCGGGCGUCAAGGCGCCGAAAACAGGCGAACGAGAUCGACCUCGGACCAGUCAACGCCAAUGAUAUGGGGAUGGAGUGUAGACGCAUCGUAGAACGCGUUUUCGUUUGAAGUUGGCGUCUUGUUUGAGAUGUGACAGAUUUGCGUAGAAUAGGGUAAGAUGUUAUCAUGAACGGAGAUGAAAGGGCUUUUCCAACACGGAGAUGUAGCAUGGAUCAAAGCAUUUGUUGGAUUUCAGCUUUUACAAGCGGACAUCAACGCAGUAGUAUUUUAGCAAGCUUACGAACGCAUAUAGGAUACCAUCAGGAUU